UUUAGGCGCGGACGAGCUAAAAACUGUAAUAUAAAGUUGUAAAAAAAAAAAUAACAAAAAUUAAUACAUUAUAUUUUGAUCUUCGAAAAAAUUAAUGGAUAUGGAGAGUGUGGAAAGAGAACCGGGAUAUAUGUACGGACCACCGCCUGGGAUGGGAUUUAUGAAUCCGGCCCAGCACUUGAACGAAAACUACCAUCCAUCAAUCAUGUCGAACGCGGACAUGCGUCCGUACUGUAGUCCGUUUUCCGAACUCGGACAGAUCCAGGAAAACUCGGAGGGGCUACCCGGCUCUCCGGGGGUGGUUGUGGGAGAGGUGGGUACGUGCCUGCAGAACAAAGUUCCGGAGUUCGCGUGGCUGAAGGAGAAGAAAUCGCAGAGGAAGGGUGGCUCGACGGCUAUGGCUGAAGAGUUCACUCAGUCGCCAGGCGGCAGCACCGUGGCCAGUACGAGCACGUCGCGUCGGCUGCGCACCGCCUACACCAACACCCAGCUGCUGGAGCUGGAGAAGGAGUUCCACUUCAACAAGUACCUGUGUCGCCCACGUCGCAUCGAGAUCGCGGCGUCCCUCGACCUCACCGAGCGGCAGGUCAAGGUCUGGUUCCAGAACCGCAGGAUGAAGUACAAACGCCAGACUCAGUCCCAGAGACACAAGUCCAACAACUCCGACCUGAGUUUCUUGAGCGGGAAGGACGGGGACGUGGUCUCUCCUUGUUCCGAGUACAACGGAGACGAGGAAGGUGGGUCAAACGGGUGCGACGUCAGCAAACAGAGAGACGCGAUCGGUGGCGAGAGCGAGGGGAAUCCGGUCGGUGUUGUGAAGACCGAGAGGCCUAGUUCUGACGACGAGAACUUCACUCACGAAGAAACGAGCAUCGCGCUGGACGCUGACCACAAGCUAGCGGUCAUCACCGGACCGACGUCUAGUCCCCAGACGAACCGCAGUUCCACGUCGUCCACCGACUCCGGCCUGUGUUCUCCGGACAGCCUCAGGAGCACCGUCAGCCCCGCGCUGUCCACCUGCAGCGCAAAGCAGGCCGUUCUUGCCGCGCAGUCUCCAGGGCAACAGUUGCCAAGGGCGUCUUCGGCUGACGUCAUGACUUCUCAUUACGCCCACGGGGGAGCUCCUGUCGGUUUCGGGAACAAGCCCCCGACUUCACGGUCCGCUCUGAACGGAAGUUCGGAAACCCACAAAGCCGUGAGCUCUUUUCCAGUGCACGUGGCUGGAGUAGCUGCGGAGAUGUCUGGCGGUUAUCAGAGGAAGACUUCUUCACCGGCGGAUUCGGUGAACCUCUCAGCUGGUCCACAAGGGUGUGUCCAGUACGCCAAGGAUCCCUACACUCAUUCCUUUUACCACAGAGUGGACGCGAGAGAGUCAAAGAGUGCUGUGGCACAUGUAGACUGUGUCGUUGGAGGAACUGAUGCUCAGCUCUAUUCUGGUGAGGAUUACAGACAGAUGACCUUGAACAGUGGUCCGGGGACCUUGCAGCGAAACAUGACUCUCAAUUCUGAUGCUUCUCAAACCCACUAUCCACCUUCGCAAAGAUCUCACUCGCGCGAACACCCACCAGCCCCCACCACGCCGCAGUACCCGUGUUACUACAACCAGACGCCAGGAGAAAACAACAACGCUUUCGCUCAAAACUGCUACAAGAACGACGACACCCACACAAACACCAACAAUACAAACAACAACAACAACAGCUAUGGCUACAGCUUCGAAACGAAUCUCUCACUACGGACGGCGAAUUCCACCAACAGCCAGCAACACGUAUCGGGCUACGACAAUAGCUUUUACGCUAAAACUGACGCUAAUCGCGGCUGUAAUCAACAUUACGGCGUCGGCUACGGGGAGAAAUUGACAGGCUAUCCCCAGCAGAUUUCCUCAAUGGACCAGUCGCAUGAAACGGCCCUGUAUGAAAGUGAUUACAUGACCGGCUACUCCGCUCCCGUCGAUCACGCGACGGUCAAUAGACCUAACCGAACUCCGGCGAGUUACGCCGGUUACGGGCAGAACAAUUGUAGCGGUGAUAUGGCGGCCAAUGCAUUCAGCGGCUAUGUUGGAAGUUAUGGAUCGCACGCUCAAAACCCCUUUAAUGAUUAUUACAACCACCAUCAAGACUUUCAGAUGGUAAAUUUAUGAAAUUAACUCCGCAGAUAAUGUUUCCUGGUGAAGCGAGGAUUUCGACGCGGCGAUGUUCGCAUGAGUGGGCUAAUAGACGCAAUGAAAAAAUUAGUCGCAUGGUUAACUUUUAUUGCACGAUGUGGAAACUUCAUUUUCAGAACAGAAUCUGUGAUGACGUAUUCACUAUGAUACUAGGAUCAUAUUAUUCUGAGGGACAUGGAUGUAAAAUUCGUUAAGUUUUAAAGAGUAAAAAUAGUUGACUUGACUAGGAGUUUAACGCGCCUAUAUACCUCUACGCUUAUCCAGAGUCCGGCCUCCGAUAACGUCGGGGGUCUAACUCGGGACAGGAAUAAAUAAGUAAAAUACAUCCUAUAAUAGAUUUACUAAUGAAAUAUGCAUAAUGUUUAAACAACAAAUACAUAAGAUAUAUAUAAAUAAUGUUUGAUGUGAAAACUUCAUUUUCAGAGACACUGUCUUAUGAUACGACAGUCAUGUGCUGAGAUGAAUGAAAUACUUAAUUAUUUGUAAAGUUCAAGCUGAGUUGUAUUAAAACGUCAUUUACUAAUGAAAAACAUACUCAACAACGAAAGUUUAGCAAAUAUCUUUUAUGACGUCUAAAUUUGCCAUGGUUGAAUAAAUGUAAAAGAAAACCAGG